AUGGUGACGAGUAUAGAGGAUUAUUUGAAUAAUGUAGUUAAGGUUACGGUGCCUGAUAUAGAUGAAUUGACUCGCAUAUGUUGUAUAGGAUCCGGUCCAUUCGGUGUUUUAACAACUCAUGUGUUAGCCGAUAGAUUUCCAUUGAAGCGGUUCAUUUUGAUUGAUGUGAAUGAUACUCUGAUCAUUCAAUACCAAAAUGCAGUUGCAGCAAUUGGUGGUGUAGGAGCAUUCAACCUACCAAUCCAGGAGCCACAAUUUGAUCAACUGUUUACCGCUAUUCACACGGCUCCAAACCCAAAUGUUCUAUUUCGAACCGCACCGCAUCAUGCCACUAACAUUAUACAAGCUCAAGUAAUUAUUAUUUGUGCUGAAUUAGAUUUGGAGAAGAAAACUAGAAGGAUCAGAGCUUUAGCAAACAUCGACUUAUCAGAUUGGGAGAAAGCGGUAAAUCUGGUUCGUCGACAUGCUAUUUCUAGGAAACUCGUAAUCGACUUUUCCCCUUUUCCCCCUCUAGAUGGGAAUAAAUUGGGGGAUGUGAUGGGUAACCAUCUACAACAUAUUUUAGUGUCGAACCCUCAAUUUUUUUCCUUAGGAACUGCCAUAUCAGAUUUGACUAAUCCCACGAGAGUUGUUUUGGCUUUGAAAUUUAAUCAUCCAUUUGGGUAUUUGAAUUUGGUUCGGUUAUUUUAUCAUCAAAUGGGUCAGGGAAUAAUAUUGAAUGCGAAAUUCAGAGCAGCUGAGUUCGGUAGACUAGCCGCUAAUUGUUGUUUGGGAAUUAUGGCUAUUUUUUCUAACAUGAUGACUAAGGUUGGUAAUCAAAUUGAGGUUCAUAUUGAGAAUGUCAUGAGGGUGAUUACUACUGAUGUAAGGAUUGGUAAUAGAUUUUUGGAUCCAUAUACUGCUGGUUGGGGCCCAAAUUUAUUAAGGGAUCUUAAUGUACUUCAGUUUAUAGCCCAUCAUUACAACUUGGAUGAUCACGCAAGAUUUAUUAGAUAUGCAAUUGCGGCUAAUGAAGAGAGAAUGACUUGUCAUAUUCGCAAGAUGAAGACCUCAAUGAUUUCAUUCAAGGGAAAAACUUUAGCAAUUUUUAGGAUUGCAUUCAAGGAAGGCACUAGUGAUAUUAAAUAUUCUACGGCUGUUUCAAUGUGCAAAAAGUUGGUAAAGUAUGGUUGUAAUUUGAGAAUAUAUGAUCCUUUGGUACCUAAAGCUAUCAUUAGGGGGGUUUUCCCAAUAGUAAAUAGAGUAACUAUUAUGGGGAAAACUCAAGCUGACAUGCUUAAUACUUGUCAAGGAACUCAUGCCCUCUGUUUUUUCACUCGGAGUGCUAAAUUCCAAAUUCCAACAGAUGGAUUGGGGUCCAGCUCGUCCCUUAAUGGCUCAGGGUACACAAGUUUUCAUGUUUGA